AUGGAGAAUCGUCGAGGAGAGUUUCUAGGGGUUCGUAGGAGGACUAAAACUGAUACCGUCGAUCGGCCCAGGCCCAGUCUAACCCCGAGCUUGCCCAAAUAUAGUGCCCUCUACGGUCGAGCAUACCGCAUUGACGUAUUGACGAACCAAACAAGAACAGGAAAACUUGAGAGAAAUAACCACGUGCAAGGUUUGGGUGGGGUUGACGGACAUCUAGGACUGGACAGCGACGGGUACAUGUCACAGCAAUCACAGCGUACGAAACGAAUGAGAACGAGUUUCAAACAUCAUCAACUACGCACAAUGAAGUCUUACUUCGGUAUCAACCACAACCCUGAUGCUAAAGACCUCAAACAGCUCGCACAGAAGACUGGUCUCACCAAAAGAGUUCUGCAGGUUUGGUUCCAGAACGCCCGUGCCAAGUACAGACGGAGCCUCCUCAAGAAGGACCCCAACGGUGACAAAGGCGUUGAUUGCUCGUCUCCCCAGGGAGACAUGACCGGUACCUCCGUCUCAUCCCCGUCAACCAACGGCCGUAGCAGCCCGACGUCGACGACAGCGGGCGUCUCAAGCCUCCACGGAGGGUGCACCAGCGGCUCUGAGCAGGGGUCCAUAAUGGGCUCUCCGGACGACGAUGACGACCUCGAUGAUGACGCCUCAUUUACCUCAGAGGGGCUGUCCUACAGCGAGUUGAAGAACGCCUCCGAAUUGUCUCCAGCCGUAGCCGACGAUGUCCUGACUAUAUCAGCCAUGCCCGCCCACUCCCCGAACAACACCCUGGCAGGGGACUGCCUGCCCUCACCGAACGCCCUCAGCGGCAGUGUCUUGAGAACUAAUCUAAUCGACAUCUUCAACUGAUGUAAAUUGAUCCGUGGUCAUACCUCCCAAAAACUUGACGAACAUAAUUUCCGAAAAACCUGACAAUAUUUCUUGUGAAAUGUUUCCUCGAAAUUAUCCGUCUUUGUUCAUGUUCAGGGGGGAGGGAAACGGCCACCGUCCCUUGACAAUAUUGUACCAGCCCUGAACAAUUUACCUGGCUUUUCAUGCAUUGGGUUGCUGCUGUUGUUUGUUGUUGCUGUUGUGGGUGUUGUUGUUUGGGUUGUUGGAUUUGUAUUACGACUGAGCUCAACGCCAUUGCCUUGUAGCAUAUAUUAAAGGCACUGGACACUAUUGGUAAUUACUCAAAAUAAAACAAGCAAUGGAGAGCUGUAGAAAUUUUAAAA